AUGUCCGGACUUCGCGAAGGUGAGGAUUGCAUCAACGGGGAUCGUGAAAUGCGGUCAAUUACGUCCUACUUCUCGCGCCUGAGGAGUCUGGCCCUCAACGACAGCGUCUCUUCAAAGUCUGCAAGCUCUCUCAAUGGCAUAUCGCAGAAGCCUGUUCUGGUAAUGGGCAACCCCUCGGCAGACCUGGAUAGCUUCAUCUCCGCCGUCGUGACCUCGUUUUGCUACAAUCUGGCCGGAAACGAGGCGGCCCAUACGAGAAAAACCACCUAUAUACCCAUCCUGAACCUGCCGUCUGUCGGGUCAAGCGAGCUAUGGCGACUUCGGCCAGAGUUUGGCGUUGCUGUGCGAUUGGCAUUGGGGGAAUCGCCUGACACGGUCGGCAAGGAGGGGCGAGAGCAGGGCAAGACUGAUGCACUGAGGGAACUCAUCACCAUCGCGGACAUCAAGGCUGAUGAAGGAUCAUCGCUAUAUAAGCUAUUCACCGCCGACUCCAACGACUCCGAACCACAGCACCCAGACCCGACCACCGGGAAGCAGCCCCUCUUCUUGGUCGACCACAACUCCCCGUCAAUACCAGGCCUGUCGGACGAAGCCAUUUCGGCCCGGUUCACCGUAACGGGCUGCAUCGACCACCAUGUCGACGAAAACUACGUCGGCCCGGAUGCGGACCCAAGGAUCGUCACCACCGGGAUCGGGAGCUGCACCAGUCUCGUGGUCACGCACCUGCGCGAACGUGGGAUGUGGCCCACCACCUCCUCGACCAGGCAGACACAAGAACAACAGACUCCGAGCCCCCCUCCUCCUCCUUCACCUCCACACGUCGACCCGGAGGUGCUGCAGCAGAUAUCCAAGCUCGCUCUGGCCCCGAUCCUCAUCGACACCUGGAACCUGAGGGCCACGGGUGACAAGUGCUCCGACACGGACCGGGAGGUCGUGCGCUUUCUCGAAUCCGUCAUCGCCGCCACCGCGGUGCACACAGAAGCGCCCUCGCAACCACCAGCAGCAGCGGCAAAAUGGGACGGGCGCGACGCCUUCUUCUCCUGCAUCGCCACCGCCAAGGCCGACUCGCUCGACCUGUUGACCAUGCAAGAGGUGUUUGGUCGCGACUACAAGGUCUGGACGGAGCGCCCCUCCGGGUCCGGCGAGAGCAAGGAAAUCAACAUCGGCAUCUCCAGCCUGGUGAAACCGCUUUCCUGGCUCGUCUCCCACGCCGGCCGUGAGAGCGAAGGGCCCGCCCGAAGUGGCAACGCCGUCGACGCAUUCCUGUCCGAGGUCACCGCCUUUGCCACCGACCCGGCGCGGCAACUAGGCGUGUUCUGUCUGCUCACACGCACGGGCGAUGGGCGGAAAGAAGUUGCCGUGCUGGUCCUGGACGAAGACGUCAAGGCCGCGGUCGACGCGUUCGAGGCGAGGAGCCGCGACGAGCUACGCUUGUCGGACUGGACAGCUGCGACUGAAGAUGGGACCAGCACGAGAAACAGCAAUAGCGGUGAUGGUGGUGAUAAGGAGAAAGAGGCGGGAGAGGAGGAAGCGCAAGUCAAAGGACUCACGGAGGCGCUGACAAAGACGUUCGGCGACAAGGGGCAGUGGAAGAUCUGGUGGAUGGGAGAUACGAGUAAAAGUCGGAAACAAGUUGGGCCGCUGCUGAGGGAGGCGGUGAGAGAUCUCUAA